AUGUCUACAUCUAAACUUACGAUACGCAACUCAACUUCCCCGAGAUCAUCACCGCACCACGCCAUGUAUCCACACCGUACGAGCGCCCAGGGCUCACCCCUGGAAGCACGGCUCAAUAAGCUGGAAGAUAGGACAGAAAGGAUAGAGCACUGUCUGGAUCAGAUCUUUCAGCAGCUUGAUGAGGCGGAACAAACACGUCGUGCUGAGCGCGAAAAUAGCAAGAUUCGAUCGUUAUACCAACGGAUUGUCUGGAUGCCAGUCUACAAUGCAGAGGGCCCUAUGCAACUUGAUCCUUUCUUCAAGGAUAUGCCAGCAUUAAGAUUCUACAACCUGCACAAGCACUGUAUGGAUUGGCUUCUUCUCUAUCUUUCUCAGGUGCCAUGUAUUAACUGGUUACGAUAG